UGGCCUUGCAGUUGAUCCAUCAUGUGGCAUGCAGUGGCGGGGUCUCAUAGCUCUUGCUGUUCACCUCAGCCCAAGCACUUAAAGCUGAUCACAGUCUACAUGCUGGUGCUGUUGGUAUCACUCAGCUUUACGUCAGGCCAGCACAGAUCGUUUAACCAUCAGAUAGACAACAGAAGUCCUGAGAUUGAUCCGUUUUGGUAUGUGGGACGUGGGGUCCGACCUAUCGGCCGGUUUGGGAAAAGGCAGCUAAGGAGCAGCCACAAGAGCCUAAGGCCUGGGAUCAGCAGCCUGGAGCUGACUGUGGAUGCUUUGCAGGAGCAAGCUGCACUGGAUGCAGAAGAUGAUGGUGGCUGGUGGUGAUUCUCUUAUCUGCAGUAACUAAACUCAGUUACUUCUCUCAUUUGAAUUGAAUUCUCUCACUCCCCUCCCGACCUCCUCACAUACACAUUAAAACUCUGUUUUGGUUCUGCUUUUUGCCUACAUGUCCUUUUGCCACAUCUUUGGUUCAUUUCCUUUUAAAAGAAGUGCUCUCAGGUGGAAAGAUCCUAAUUGAAAAGUGGUGCUGAAUGCAAACUACGCUGUUCACACACUUCUUCUGCUCUAAACAAAGCAUCUCUCUCCUCUUCCUCCCCUCCCCCCUCCCCCCCCACAUAAACUAAUGCCACUGUGAAGGUAGAUCUGUGCAAGAACCAAAAGAUUUUCAUGCUUGGAAUCAACUCUGUAAAAAAAACAUGCUCUCAGUGUUAGCCUGCCAACAAACCUUUCUGUCAUGUUUUGAAGUGAGUUGUUAAUGCUGCUUAAAAGUAAAUUAUGGCUGGCUGAACUAAAACACAUUCUCAGUAAUCUCUUUACCAAUAUUAAAUAGAUAUGAAAUGUU